GCUUGAUGGGAGAAAGCGAUUGAUCCGGAGGCGCCUCUUUGCGUAAGUUGUGCUGAUGGGGUAACAAUCUGGGGGUGCAAAAGGUUUCUCUUCUCUUGUGUCAGCACCAUCACUAAAAAAAAAUAUUGUAACGAUUCCCAGUGUCAGCCAUGAUAAAAGACAAAGAAGCAUUUCAGAGGCUCAGCUUCCUCUACCAGGCAGCGCACUGCGUCCUUCGGCAGAACCCAGAGAACCAGGAACUGGCUCGCUUUUAUUGCCACACGCAGAACAGCAUCAGCCGGCGGCUCGUGUUAAGACAGGAUCCAUCUGUGAAAAGAACCAUCUGCAAAUCUUGCUUCUCACCUCUCGUCCCUGGAGUCAGCUCCACUGUGCGCCAGAGAAAGCGCCGUCAUCAGCGGUGGACCAUUGUGCGUUGUCUCACCUGUGGCCUCACCAAGCGUUUCCUCAGCAACCCCAACUACAAGUUGUGGUCGGAGCAACCUGAGGCGUUGCUGGAGAAUCAGACGCCCCCUAGUGAAGGAGCAAAAGCUUCAGGCCAGACCCCCAGCUCAGUGCAACAGCCCCCCAAGGCCUCCGGAGCAGAAAAGGCAACACCACCUGCAAGUUCUGGACCUCACAGCCAUGCCUCUGAGGAGACAACAGCAGGCACCAAAUCUAAAGGGAAGAAGGGGCAACGAACUCUUCCCAGUCAGGCAGGCAACUGUGGCUUGGUAGCAAACACAUAAGCCCCAAGUCAGGGCAGAAGAGUCAAAUGUGGUUAAUACGAUUAUUAGCUGUGGAGAAAGGACCCUGGAUUGUUUGGAAACCAAAACCUAACUGGCUAACCUGUGGGACUUAAAUGGCUCAGGUGAUUUGAGUUCAGUGAUAAUGGCCCUCUUUUAUAGCGCAACUCGCUUUGAGGCAACAGUAAGAGAGGGGCGGCAGCCCAUAGCGGCCUAGUGAAUACUACGGCCUGCAUUUCUUU